UAGCACAUAUUUCCCAGAAAGCGUCGUCGAGAAUCACUUUCAGUUGCCCUCAGUAGACCCGGAGAUCCUAAACGAGAAGCAACGUGGUUUUUGCUCGCUGUCGAGCAUUUUCCUCUCCCAUCCAAUUGGCAUUUUCGAAAAUACCGAUUUGGCUACGAAGAGAGCGUGUAGUGACGCCGAUUGCAUGCUAUAUGGGCAUCGCGUGUGUAGUUUCUCUGUAGUCAGCACCGUGCUCACAAGCGGGAGUAAGCGAAAGAGAGGAGAAAGAGCAGUUCAAAAGAGAAGCAAAGAAACUUUUUACAGUGUAGCACCGCUGUGUGCUCUGCACAAACACGGAGAGACUUUUAGUAUCGCAGGAGAUUCCUAGGCGUAAGCACUUGCUGCACAAGGGGUGCUCAACAGCACGGUGAAUUGAAAACAACAAUUAUACAUAGCACAGUGUGUUGUUCAACUUCUUGUACAAGACAUCAUCCAUAAACAUUAUAGCAUAUACACGGAUGAUGUGUUUUUGGCGAAACUGAAUUAAAUGUGAGGAGAAUUUUAAGAGAAAGAGAGGAGAGAAAAGAAUAUUAUACAAUGCAAGAAUUAACAGCAGGUAAUUAAAAAAAUCAAAAGCAACACACAGCAAAAGGGGAUACAGCAUCCUUGCUAUAUAUCUUGAAAGCUCACAUUGAAAAAAAAAACGUCCGUGAAAAAGCUCCCCAAAGGUCGCAGAUAUUCUCAAAUGAUUGAGUCAGAGGAACUCGAAGUUUUGUGUGAUUUGCAAAUAGACGAUAUCUUCAGGGAUGAGGAUAUUGUACCCAUUGAUGGUGGAUCCCAGGAAGGAGAUCAAUCGGGGAUCCUUAGUGCGGAAGACCAAGGAGAUGUUCAAGCUUUAGUUGAAGCUGUAGAUCUCGUUCCAAAUAUCGAUGAAGAGCGGAUAGAAGAAGAAAAAAAUGAAGAGCCUCAGGCGGAACAGAUGCCAGUUUUGGUUGAAAUUCCCCAAGAGACCUCAGAUGAGCAGCAUGCAAUUCUCCCGGAGCUCUCUCCGCUGGGCAAUGCCUCGUCUGCAUCAUCAGACAGUUGGUCGACGACUAGUUCCGAAUUGAAACCAAAGCGAGCAAAGAGGAGGUGCAUUCCAUGCAAUCUCACCUUCAAGCAUCACUAUGAUUUCUUUGAACACCACCGGAAGCACGUAGCGAUGCCCAUUCUGAGGUUGAAGCAACUAACACAGAGAGAGAUUGAAUUCCAGGAGUAUCUCAAGAAGGGUCGGCAGCAAUUUCUCUGUGCGCGGAAAAAGACUUCUCCACACUUUGUGCUGAAGAAACCAACGGUUUCGGCAACAGAUGGUGAUGGGUUGAAGCUGAAGUUUAAAUUCCACAACGUUCAGAUGAACAAUGAGGAGGAUCAGCGAAUAAAUGGGAUCAGGGAUGAAUUUCGGCGGACAAUGUUUGAGAAAAAGGGCGAAAAGAUAUUGAAAGCGUCUGAAAUUAAGCAGAGUCCACCUGGGUCGCCGGGAUUGACAAAUCGAGCACCCAGAGAGCUGAUCCCCAUUCCGGAAUUGCCGAAUGAUUUAAUUCCCCCGGAUAGGAUUCACUUUGAGUGCCCCACAUUGGAUGGUUUGGAUCAAUUUAACAGCGACACGAGUAGCGAGGAUGCUUCGGAUAUUCUUAAGAAUCUACUGGAAUUCAAUCAGCAACCCCCAAUGAUGGAACCCGAAUGGAAUGGUCAGGUACCGAAUGAAUUUAUCUCAAUUGAAAAGCUAGGGCAUGUCUGUCGGGUAUGUCAUAUGAACUUUACGGAUCCGGUGCUACUGUUCCAGCAUCAGAGGCAGACGGGGCAUGAAUUACCGCCACAGGGACCAUCAAUGCCGCCACACGGCCCAGGACAACCGUACCCAAUGAGUCAACAACACCCACAGAUGCCACGCAUGCCUGGAAAUCCGAUGUACCGUCCUCAUGAUGCAAUGAGCUAUGGGCCAAGGAUUCGUGAUAUUCAUCCACCUCCGCCGCACCAUCAGGGCCCCGGAGGGCAGAUGGCAUUGCGUCUGCAGCAAAUGCGAAAUGGUCAAUUUAGACCUGUGAUGCCCGUCCAAUUCUCCAACAUUCGAACUCGUCAUCCUCCACCACUGUACAGGGUUGGUAGUCCGCAGGGAAUGCAGCCCAAUGCACCAGCGAUGUCUCAACUUGCAAAUCGUCAGCAGCAGAUGCACAUGCAGCCACAGACGCAACAGCAACCCCAUAUGAUGGGUUCUAAUCAAGCACCAGGCUAUCGGUUUGCCGUAUCGAAUGGGAUGAUGAUGAAUGGUGGAUCAAUUGUAAUGGAUCACGGCUACCCACAGUCGCAACAUAUGAUGGGUGAGGCCGGACAGAUGCAGUCUCCACUAAUGGGACCAAUGUAUCGUGGUGGUAGACCAGUUCUGCCGCCACGACGUCAUUCAAUCGCACCAAUUGGAAUUCGACCGAGUCUCGGGCAAUUCCAACCGCCUGCCAAGAAACCCCGAACUGAUGGAAUGCAACCCCUAGGGGAUGGUCCAAUGAUAACAAUGCCACCACGGGCAGAGGGUGUUCCGGUCAUUGAAAGUGUUCAAAGUGGUCCGGCGGUGGCUCUUCCACAGCCAUCGGAAUGCAGUACGAGCAAAAGUAGCCCAACACCAUCGGGACAGAAGAGUCCCAAAGCAGUGGCGAAUAUCUUGGCGACGCGUGGAAUUACCGUGACUCAGAGUGAUCUCAGCAAGAGCAAGGAGAGUGUUGUGAAUGAAAGGGUUAUCGAGGGUGGAUCCAAGGAUAAGAUACCCGAUGACACGGAUAGUGUGGUACAGAAAUUGGCUCUCAAUAGCUCAGUGAGCAUAAUUUCAAAGAAGAAAACUCCCGUGUUGACGAUUGAUGUGACUGAAGAGGAAAUGAAUGCUUCCGCUCCUGCUGCUUCCUCACCCAAAACCGACGUUGCCAAAAUUCCCACACUCAAACCACGACACACCACCUUCCUGUCCUGUCCGGAGGUGCAUUGUCAGAAGAAAUUCCUCACGGAGGAGGCCUUACAGAGGCACACGCAGAAGGGACAUCACAGCAACAUCCGGUUUAAGUGUACAAAGUGCAGCGUGAUGUUCCCCUCAUCGGAGAGUCUCAUCAUCCAUCAGAGACGCGUUCAUAAGACCACAAGAAUGCCAGGAGAGGAGCUAGGGAUCCCAAUUGUGGAUCUCAAUAAUUCCCAAAGUAGAAUGAAGCUCCUCAGCAUGGGCAUAAGGAAUGUUAUCCCACUGGGGAAUAUCAAUAAAGUCUCAAACGGAUUCUUCGGCUUACCCCUGGUAUGCCUCAAAGGUGCUCCAAAUAUGGCUCUGUCAAAUCUUCAAACAAUCGGAGCUGAUAGUGUCCUGUCUCUAGGACCAAUAAAGUCCAUCCUGCCCAAAUAGCCCUCAUCCCCCGUGGCCAAUGAUGGAGAAUCAAAGGAAAUGUGAUUAUCAUCAGAAUGUAUACAAAAAAAAAGAAGAAUUAACUAGUUUUAGUCUAUAAAAAAUUCCUAACUUCCUAAAGAUUAUUAUGUAUGUCAGAAUUAGAAUCUUCAAAAGAAUUAUUCGUCUUCUAUAAUAUAGAUUGUAAGAAAAUAAUGUAUAUAACAAUGUUCCUGCAAUAACAGAUAAAAAUGUAAAUUUUAUCUUCUAAUUUAUCAAAAUUCAAUUUGAAACAAUUUUCUUUUAAUUUUGAAUUAAUUUUGAGAUUAUUAGUUACUUUAUGAAAUAUUUAUUUGAUUUAUAAUACAUAUUGUAUUGACGAAACUUAAUAUUAAACCUAUCCAUUGUAUAUUAUUUAUAAUUUAGCAAGAAAAUAAUUAAAAGCAGUGCUAUAAAAUUCAGCAUAAUUUGUGUUAAUUUCUAUGUAUUCUUGGAAUGUUCUUUAUUUUAUGAUAAAUACUAUUAUUAUUUACAGUAGAAUAUUAUGACGGAAAUAAACAUUUUCUACAUUUACAAAUCAUAA